GUAAAGGCGGAAAGAGCUGCGGAAAGGCGACAGGUUAAAGGAAUAAGCUCUGAGUCGUUUUAGUGAAGGGUGGCUCUGUGACGAGGCCCAGACUCACGUGGGAGACCCCGUAAAUAGAUGUUGUUAUUAAAAUGACGGAAACUACAUUUCCCAGCAUCCUUGUGGUGCGAGAACUUCAUUGUCCGAAAGCCUCUGCGAGAUUAAACACGCUUUCCGCUUCCUCUUGCUGACCCGGAUCUCCGAGACGAUGAGGAGCCGCUGGAUCUGGCGGCUCCUGCGCCCUGAAGGCGGUGGAGCCCUCUGGACUUCAACGCCCCACGGGCGUCUGUCAUCCGCCCUGCGGAGAGGUUUCUUGACCACCACAACUAAGGCAAGUUAUGACAGGAGGCCAGUGGACAUAACUCCUUUAGAACAAAGAAAAUUAACUUUUGAUACCCAUGCGCUGGUGCAGGACUUGGAAAUUCAUGGAUUUGACAAGCCACAAGCAGAGACAAUUGUGUCAGUACUAAGUACAUUAUCAAAUGUCAGCCUGGACACUAUCUAUAAGGAGAUGGUAACUAAAGCUCAACAGGAAAUAACAGUGCAACAGCUAAUGGCUCAUUUGGAUUCCAUCAGAAAAGACAUGGUCAUCCUAGAAAAAAGUGAAUUUGCAAAUCUGAGAGCAGAGAAUGAGAAAAUGAAAAUUGAAUUAGAUCAAGUUAAGCAACAGCUGACUCAUGAAACCAGUCGAAUCAGAGCAGAUAAUAAGUUGGAUAUCAACCUGGAAAGGAGCAGAGUAACAGACAUGUUCACGGAUCAAGAAAAACAACUUAUGGAAGCGACCAAUGAAUUUACCAAAAAGGAUACCCAAACCAAAAGUAUUAUUUCAGAGACCAGCAAUAAAAUCGACACUGAAAUUGCAUCCUUAAAAACACUAAUGGAGUCGAACAAACUUGAGACAAUUCGUUAUCUUGCAGCCUCCGUGUUCACUUGUUUGGCAAUAGCACUGGGGUUUUAUAGGUUCUGGAAGGAAUAUUGACACUCCUGCUGUUGGCUGCUGAUCACUCCAUAGAAUGGAUUUACUACAAAUUCUCCAAAGUACUUAUGGACUAAAUACAAGUGUUUUGGUAUUUUACUUUUAUGUUGUAUGACUUUAUAUGUUGAAAAGCUGUCUCCCAAAGCCUGGUUUGAAAUGAAAGGGCAUUUUGUCCUUAUCCUUUUGAUAACUACAGCAACAAAAACAGUUUUGCAUUUGAGCUUUGUAGCUUUGUAAAUGAAUUAGUAUUUGUUAUCAGAUUGCAUACUUGAAGACAGUUCCAUAGUCUGCAUACUUACUGGAUUUUACUUCCCUGCUUAUUGCAGUUAGAUUUUUAUAUAAAAUAAAAUGCUACAACAAAGUUAA